AUGCUCAAUCACCCCGUCACAGAGCGUUCUAGCAGUAGCCAUGACGACAAUUUUUGUAUUCAAGAUGCGCAUGCAGACCUGGAGCCUGGCGACAACGGCACCAACCAUGCCAUAGCCCUAGAGAAACAGACCACGGCCAAUUCAACUGCUUCCGCAUUGAAUCAGCGUACCCAGUCUAUAAUAUCAAGGAUCCGAAGUCGCGAGCCUGGUCAGAUCGCCAAGUUCACUCAUCCGCUCUCCCAUACAAGGACUUCUCCGGAUGUGCUGGUCGACUUUGAUGGGCCUGACGAUCCUUAUCAUCCGCGGAAUUGGGGGUUUAAGAAGAAAUGUGUCACUACCGUGUUAUAUGGGUUGACCACGAUGGGUGCUACUUGGGCAAGCGCAGUUUACACCCCGGGAGUAGCACAGAUCAGUGCCGAUUUCCAUGUUGGAAAAGAAGUUAGCCUGCUCGGUGUGACAUUUCUCCUUCUCGGCUUUGGCUUUGGUCCUUUGAUAUGGGCACCCCUAUCAGAGUUGUACGGACGCAAAUCCGCCGUAAUCACACCUUACUUUAUCGCUGCUAUCUUUUCCUUCGGUACCGCAACAGCAAAGGAUAUCCAGACGGUGUUGAUCACGCGCUUCUUUGCCGGCUUCUUUGGAUCAGCCCCGGUGACAAACACUGGUGGCGUGCUUGGUGAUCUCUGGUCGCCAGAACAGCGAGGUGCUGCUAUAGUCGGAUAUGCAAUGGCCGUAGUUGGUGGUCCUAUUCUUGGACCCAUUGUGGGUGGUGCAAUUGCCCAGAGCUAUCUGCGAUGGAGGUGGACUGAAUAUGUUACCGGCAUUUAUAUGAUGUUCAUCCUAACUUUGGACAUAAUUUUCCUCGACGAGACAUAUCCGCCCACUUUACUCGUGAACAAAGCCCGACGGCUUCGAUAUGAGACAGGGAACUGGGCAUUGCAUUCCAAACAUGAGGAAUGGGAUGUAAGCUUGAAAGAAAUGGGCAAUAAAUACCUCAUCCGGCCGUUUGCCCUGCUGUUUACUCCUAUUUGCUUCGCCAUCGCCCUGUAUGCUUCGUUUGUUUAUGGCAUUUUGUACCUUAACCUGGCCGCGUUCCCCAUUGAAUUCGAAGAGGAACGCGGCUGGAAUCAGGUUGUUGGCGCAUUGCCCUUUUUGGCUCUCUUGAUUGGCAUCUUUAUCGGGGCAUUUGUCAACAUUUUCAACCAGCGGUUCUACAUCAAGAAGUUCAAAGCCAACAACAACCAACCCGUCCCCGAAGCCCGCCUCCCACCGAUGAUGUUGGGAUCUGUUUCAUUUGCAGCGGGUAUGUUUAUCUUUGGCUGGACAUCUGGUCGAAACAUACACUGGAUCGCCCCCGUGAUCGGGGCGGUAUGCAUGGGCCUUGGGUUCUUCACCAUCUUCCAAGCUGCACUGAACUAUCUCAUUGAUACAUUCGCAUCGACUGCGGCGUCUGCAGUUGCUGCCAAUACGUUUCUGCGCAGCGUUUUCGCGGCUACGUUCCCGCUCUUCACUGAUGCCAUGUAUCAUAAUCUUGGAAUCAAUUGGGCUGCGAGCACCUUGGGGUUUAUUGCUGUUGCUUUGAUUCCGAUUCCGUACUUGUUUUAUAUAUACGGUCGAAGAAUUAGAGCGAGAGGGAAAUGGUCGAGGGCGUCGGUUUACCCGGAGUAA